CGGAGAAGGUUGUGUGUUUUGUUAUACGCUUAUCGAAGUAAAUGUUUAUCAUUCUACGGUACCUUGAAAAUUAUGAGAGUACGAAAAGUUUAAAAAUAAGGGGACAAAGCAACAAAUUUUCUAUACGAUCGAAAUUAGUUUUAAGCGAUGUUUCGAAACAGUAUGUUUGCAUUUUGGAUUUAAAGUGGCGCGCGCGGCUAAGUUAUUUCUAAGGGUUGGUAAGACUGUUCGGAAAAUUCGGAAAGUGAACAGGUGUUUUUUGAAUGGAUUAGGGAGAAUAGGUGACGAGGACGCAAAAGGAUUUGCGAAUGGUGAAGAAUCGAGAAAUGGUGUGAUAUUUGUGAAUAACCGAUAAUUUAAAAAAUGCAUUGGGAUUUAUGUUUCGAGUCAAGCUAUUACGAAAAAUGAGGUAAAGGAGCAAAGGCAAUUAUGACAUGCAUAGAUGACAAGGAUAGUCUGCAAGCAACCUAACAACUCUGUUGUAUAGUCGAGAGGAUCGAAGCGAAGGUUAAAUAUGCCACACCAGUUUGGUUUGCCCACGAUGGCGCAUGGAAUGCAAUCUCCUCCUUCGCCGACUUCGGUCAUGUCGGUUUAUCCUCGAUUCGGAUCCGGUGUCUAUAGACCGGAUCAUCAAGAUCAAAGGUUGACACGCGAAGCAAUGGAACGUUAUUUGCGCGAUAGAAGUGACAUGGUUAUUGUAAUACUUCACGCAAAGGUUGCGCAAAAGUCGUAUGGUAACGAAAAACGAUUCUUUUGUCCGCCACCGUGUAUCUAUUUGUUUGGGGACGGGUGGAGAAUGCGCCAAGAACAGAUGCUUCGCGAGGGAGAGAGCGAACAAUCCGCUCAACUUUGCGCGUUUAUCGGAAUCGGAAAUUCCGACCAAGACAUGCAACAAUUGGAUCUGAACAAUGGUAAACAAUAUUGCGCGGCAAAGACACUUUAUAUUUCGGAUUCUGACAAGAGGAAGCACUUUAUGCUUUCGGUGAAAAUGUUCUACGGUAGCGGACACGACAUCGGCGUGUUUCAUAGUAAAAGAAUCAAAGUGAUCUCGAAACCGUCAAAGAAGAAACAAUCAUUGAAGAAUGCCGAUUUGUGUAUAGCGAGCGGAACGAAAGUUGCGUUAUUCAAUCGGUUACGAUCUCAGACAGUUAGUACGCGUUAUCUUCACGUUGAGAAUGGAAAUUUUCAUGCGAGUUCUACGCAGUGGGGUGCGUUUACUAUACAUCUAUUGGAUGACAACGAGAGCGAAUCGGAAGAAUUUCAAGUGCGAGACGGCUAUGUACAUUAUGGUAGUACAGUGAAAUUGGUAUGUUCCGUAACGGGAAUGGCACUUCCGCGUCUAGUAAUUCGGAAAGUGGACAAGCAGAUGGCUAGUCUAGAGGCGGAUGAUCCCGUUUCGCAACUGCACAAAUGUGCUUUUUACAUGAAGGACACAGAUCACAUGUACCUUUGCUUGUCUCAAGAACGUAUUAUUCAAUUUCAAGCUACACCUUGCCCGAAGGAGGCCAACAAAGAAAUGAUAAACGAUGGUGCCUGUUGGACGAUAAUCAGCACCGAUAAGGCAGAGUAUCAAUUUUUUGAGGGUAUGGGUCCGGUCAGAUCACCUGUGACGCCGGUACCAUUAGUUCAUAGCUUACAUUUAAACGGUGGCGGGGACGUGGCAAUGCUCGAAUUGACGGGGGACAAUUUUACGCCGAAUCUUCAAGUAUGGUUCGGCGACGUAGAAGCGGAGACCAUGUACAGAUGUCAGGAAAGUAUGCUCUGUGUGGUGCCCGAUAUAUCGCAAUUUAGGGGCGAAUGGCUCUGGGUGCGGCAGCCGACUCAGGUACCUGUCUCAUUGGUUCGUAAUGAUGGCAUUAUCUACGCAACCGGUCUAACGUUCACCUAUACACCAGAACCCGGUCCUCGGCCUCACUGUCCACCCGCAGACGAAAUCAUGAGAGCACCGCGUGCCAUGCACAAUCAAGCAAGCAUGCCACCUGCAAUUGCAGAUGUACCUUGGAACACCCAUCAACCCCCUCAGUCGGGUCUCUGAUGUUUUCUAGACAAUUACAGUGCGCAUCACCAAAGUUUACGAGCUAGUGAGACGAACGCUGUUUCGAACGUUUCGGUUCAUUCUUCGAACGAUAUUCCAGUUUCUGUCGAUAACGAGCCAGUUAGUAACGAUGCUAACUCAGCGACCACCUACGCAGCGAAAGACCUGUUGCUCAGAGUCAAUAGCGCGGCAACGAGUUCAGACAAUACGAAAAGCAGUACGUAGCAACCAUUUCGUUGCAUUACAUUGGAUUGCAUCGCGUUCCAUUGCGUUACGUUAACUUUGCCAUUCGUGGAUAUGUACAGUGUGCCGUGCCGAGAAUCGUUUCCCUAUGUUCAUAAAUACGUAGGUUCCUAGCUUUAAGUGUUAAUACAGAAUUACACACAGGGAUUAGAAUUUAUAGCGACCUUAGAAUUAAGAGCUUUUUACGAAUGUGAAUAUUUAGCUAAUUAGUCGGUAAACUGAUGGG